AUGUUACUUAAGACAUCUGGACAAACCGAGCACACCGACAGACAAGAACUUUCCGCUAUUCCCCCUUUCCCUCCCGCACCAGCUCACACAGUGCAUCACUCGACGCAACCAUCCGGGUCACGUGAACGGUCUCGUAGUCCGCUGCUGGCCGGUGGCGGCGUCGGCCAGUAUGAGACCGUUCCGUGUCAACCGUCCUCCUCAUCCGGUGGAGCAGCACAACAAUAUCAGCCACCAAUUCACAUAGAAGUCUCCGUCGAUUUCACGCGCCCGGAUGGACAGAGGACACGCCCACUUUUAGUCGAGAAUCGGAGGUUGUAUGUUGAUGAGCAUUACAUAUCUGUAUGGAGUCCCGUGUUACGAGCGUGGUGCGUCGAGUGUCCCGACCGUGAACUGAUCCUUGCCAACGUCCAAUAUGAGCACGUGUUGGAGAUGUUGGAAUGUAUUCAUCCGACAUACAAGGCUGUCGAUGAUCAAUCAGUUCAUAUACUCCUCCCAUUAGCUUAUGAUUAUCAGAUGGAAGGACUGCUGCACCGUUGCGAAUGUUUCCUAAUCAGUCAUAAUUUGCCGUUUCUAGAAAAAGUAUGGAUAGCAGAUAGAUACAAAUUGAAUCGAUUACUAGUCCUAUGUCUACGAGAGAUGCGUCCGAAUAGUAAAGUAGAUUUGAAUGGAUCGAGAUAUUAUGCACUGUCGGAUCGAGUGAAGGUACUUCUCCUCGAGAGACUACACGGUGCGGCGGCGCCCGAGGAGAUUCUGGAGCCACCGUUGGAUUUGGAGCCCUAUCAACGACAGUCCGAUGUGAAUUUUGCGGCGGUUAGGGCGAAAACCGGACGGUUGUAUUAUGUGAAUCCGUAUUAUAUGGCCGCGUGGAGUAAUGUGUUCGAGGAGAAGUUGCUGGGCACAUCGAGUGGUGUCGAGGAGAUGUUCUGUCCGUGUACACAUGAAGAGUUGAAAGCUUUCCUUAUGGCUAUACAUCCACCCCAGUUGAGGAUUAAUGAAACCAACAUCGGCCCAAUCCUAAUGUCAGCGUGCAAAAUGGAAUCACCAGCCCUGCUCCGUAAAUGUGCGAAUCUCCUCCUCUCUCCACACACUCAAUUAUCCGUCUUCGUAAGGUUAUCCCUUCUCGACAGGUGUUUUCUUCACGAGAUGCUUCCACAAUGUCUUCAAAUGGUAGUACGACCCGAGAAUCUGAUUCAGAUGACACAACAGACAACUUACGAUUGCCUGUCGACCCGAGCAAAAGCUGCAAUGAUGGACCGUUUGGGUGUCCUCCUUGACAAUCCGGGUCUCCAAUCCCAUCACUGUACCCGGUGCAAAGCGACCAACACGUGUGGAUCGGUCACCUGGAUGUGUCCGCAGUGUAAAACCUACUCGACGGACACCUCCCUGAUGCGAAACACCACAAAUAAUGUGUCGACGACGACGACGACUGGUGGGGGUACUGGUACAGUAACCCAGUACGGUACAUCAACUGGAAUUGGAGGAGGUACAGUAACCCAGCACCAGGGAUACGGUACCACUUCAGUGAGUGGUACGAUAGGCGGAAUGAUGAAUCGAUGA